CUCAAGGUCUCCAAUUCAUUCAUUCAUUCAACCAAGUAAUUAGUUUUGGAGUUUUCAAGUUUUGUCAAGAUUUGAGCUUGUUCUGAUGGCUUCAAAAAGGAUCAUCAAGGAGCUCAAGGACUUGCAAAGAGACCCUCCAACCUCUUGUAGUGCAGGACCUGUGGCUGAUGAUAUGUUCCAUUGGCAAGCAACCAUCAUUGGACCAAAUGACAGCCCUUAUUCAGGAGGUGUUUUCUUGGUUACCAUUCAUUUCCCUCCUGACUAUCCAUUCAAGCCUCCCAAGGUUGCUUUUCGAACAAAGGUUUUCCACCCAAAUAUAAACAGCAACGGCAACAUCUGCCUCGACAUACUCAAGGAACAAUGGAGCCCUGCCUUGACCAUUUCAAAGGUUUUGCUCUCCAUAUGCUCACUCUUGACUGAUCCAAACCCUGAUGAUCCAUUGGUUCCUGAGAUUGCUCAUAUGUGCAAGACAGACAAAUUCAAGUAUGAAUCUACUGCUCGCAGUUGGACUCAGAAGUAUGCAAUGGGCUGAUCACUUUGGAAAUUUCACAAGAAUGUAUCACUAUUGAUCCAUCCUGAAUAAGCUUUUGGACAAGCAUGUUCACUUCAUCUUAUCUUUUGUUACUUCUCAACACAAUGGAUUUUGAUGUAUGAAUUAUGAUCAUUUUAAACUGUGUAAUUUUCAUUAUUUGUGAAAUGAAAUUAUGCGGUCGUAAACCGAUUUUUAUUU